AUGCCCUUCGCAUGGCUCAAACGAGGUAGCGGCCAAGAGGAAAUAGAUUUGGAAGAUGUUCCUCUGAAUCAGUGGUCUUCCAAACAGUUGACCAAAUUUCUCAAGCAACACAAAAAGAAGAUUGAAUUGGAAAAUAAGGAUAUUACCAAAUUGAGAGAAGAAAGAUGGAAUGGUUUAUCCAUGUUAAGUGCCAAAGUUGAAGAUUUGGAAAAGUUGGGUCUUGCAAGUGGAUCCGCGCAUGCACUCUAUACAACAAUUCAUGAAGUUAUCAAUAGUCAAGUACAACGAAAUCUUCUCAACUUGAGUAAUAAUAGAAUUUCCGUUAAUAUCAAUACAGCAUCAUCGGAUAUAUCAACAAGUGAUUCUAAUAUUGGUUCAUCAUCAUCAGCUGGUCAUUCUCUAACGAUAAUUUCAAAUGGAGGAGGUAGUGGAGAGGGAAAACAUAGUUCUCUAGAAUUUUCAAGUUCAUCACCUGGAACAUCAGUCAACCAACACCAACUCAAUUAUAUUCAAACUAUUAUUCAAAAACAACAGGGUAAAUUGUCUGUACCAAACUUGAAAGAUGAACAAAUUGAAACAUCUGGUGCAGUCACAACAAAAACUGGAGCAGAUUUGGCUGCUAUUCCUGCAGAAGAUGAUAUUCGAUUGGCACACGAUUUGAAUAAUCCAGGAGAACUUGUUGAAGUUUCUCAUGGUAGAAAGUCAGCAGGUGGUGGAUUACAAAUUCUCACCCUUGCUUCAUCUUCUACAAGUAAUGCCAGUUCUCUUGAAUCUGCUGUGAAGGAUUGCCCUGCUUGGAAAGUUGAUCAACUAACAGCUCAGCAAACUCAAGCUUUUGAAAAUGCUGUUGAAAAGGUACAGAGCUUGAAGUAUCCAAUCAAACCUGAACUUAUUGAUGUUUUAGCUCAAGACUUGGUUAUUGUUGAUAGAUUCAAGUAUAAAUUCUUGAACCCAGACCGUUUAAAGCAAAGAGGAGAUGGUGGUAGACAUGAUACUUUCCUCAAGAUUAAACUUGUCAUUACCGAAAUGGAUACAGAAGUUUUCCACAGAAUUUGCAGACGUUUUGCUAAUACCUUCUCUACAACUGUUAGAAAUAGUAGAUGGGGUAUGUUCCACACUGCCUUGAUCAUUGGUCCAUGGUAUUUGGAAUGGAAUGACAGUUCUCUUUCAACUGUUAGAAAGAAGAGUAGUAGUAAGGCAGUUUUUGCUGUUGAUAUUGCUAAAAUUGAAGGACAAAGAGAAGUUAACGAAGUUAUUGAUUCUGUUGCUCAAUUAUGUACAGUAUGGAACGGAUACAAGCUUUAUGAAAAUGACUCAUGUAACUGUCAACAUUUUGUUAUUGACAUGUUAGAAUAUUUGGGAUUGGGUGAUUCUUUUGAAAAUGUUUUGGAAAGAUUCCCACCACUCAAGGAAUACAUUAACAAACUUAAGAAACGAGGUGUUUGCGAUAUGGCUUACUAUGUAGAUGAUAGAAUUGCUAAAGCCAUCAAGGAAUCUACACAAACAAGUAGAGCUUUGAAAGAACUUGUCAAGAAUAAGAAGGUUACCUUUGCAUCUCACAAACUUUUGGAUGAAUUUGUGAGUUUUAUCAUGCAAAACUUCCCACUCUUCAUAACGAAUCGUCAACAAGAGUAUGAACUUUUGAAAGCCUUUGAUCGUGCUUUUUGGUUGAGAAGUCAAUCUUCACAAACUGAAGAUGAUGAAACUGUGCAACCUAUGGUUGAUAUGCACACUCAAGAAUGCAAAUGUCCUUUCAAUAAGAAUAAUCAACCAAUAACUGAAGUUAACAAUUCUAUUGUUGGUAUUGACUAUGAUGUUGGUAAUUAUACAACUCAUUUCCCUAAGCCUAGUGUUAACGCUUAA